UGAGGUCAGCUGGGACAGGUGCUAUGUUCGGGAGAGUUCCCCGAGUCAGGGCUUCCUGACUCCAUUCUAAAUGAGGCUUCCCUUUAUUAAUUUCAUAUCCCUCAAAGUUGGGGCUCCCUUGUGGUAAGGAAUUUUGGAAAGACCUAGAAAGCUGUGAGCCUGGUGUUUCCCCACGGAGCCUGACCCAUCCCCGCCUUCCCUUUAGUGGCAGGACCAAAGUCCCAGCAUUCAAGCCGUUUGUCCUGCAGCCCUCCUGCCCUCCUACCCCCCUUCCAGCACACCCGGCCCCGUCCCUCAUCCUUAGGGUACCCAGCAGUCCCUCACCUUGGGCCCUUGCACGUGGUAGCUCUCCCACCAGGAACACCUUUGCCUGUCUGCUCCGGGCUGACCCCUCUGCAUCCUUUGAAACUCCACUCAGGUACCUGACCCACACCUUGGAAGCUGUAGUCCUGAUCUUCAAAGCAUGAGGCUGCCUUCUAAUGAUGGUGCUUCCGUCCCCAUGAGUCCCUCCCUGUGCUUUCUGGAAGCAGGACAGGGCUGCCCCACGGCCUAGCAUGAGUCUGGCCCACAGUGGAGGCUUAGUGGGUGGCCCACACAUGGGAAGCCUCAUCCUGUGGAAACGCCACCCUUGGGUGGGAUGGGGAGGCCUGGAGACAGCUCCGUGGGGGUUCGUGCCAGUGGCCAGCAGCAGCAAGCCAUGCUGCUACAGCUCAGGACAGCGGCACCCAGGCCAGGCCCCUGUGAAUCUGAGCCCACCACAGAGAGAGAACAAGGCCUUCUCAGAGCAUCAGGAACCGUGGGGGAGGAGGCCCGCGGUCUGUGGGCUUCCUGGUGGGCUUCCCUGGCUAGGCACUGGUGGAAGGUAUGAAGACACUGGAGUCGGUACCAGCUCUGGGUGUGGGACUAAGGCGUGGUCCCCUGUACUUCCUGUCCUGAAUUCUGACCACUUCCUCCUUCUACCGCAUUUUCCAGCCUGGUCCAACACUUUCCCAGCUCUGUACCUUUCAGUGUUGCUGUCACCCCCAGGGGCCUCCCAGAGCCCCAGACCAAGUGGGGCCCCUGUGGUUUUUGAGGUGCCAGCCCCAGUUGUAAUUAUGUUCUCACUGUGCCAGCUUGGAGCUCCCUGGAGGUGGAUGGUGGGGCCCUCUGUCCCCAGCCUCACAUAGUCACUGUGCCUGUUCCAGGUUCUCUGGUCUCCAUCCUGUAGUAACAACCGGGGACCCAUGCUGGCCUCUGGACCCUGGCUCCCCUGAACCCUCUGGAUGAAGCCCUAGGGCACAAGAAAGGUGAUUCCUGGGUCACAAGCCUGCCUUUGCCAGGUUGUCCAGGAGCUUGGUGCUCACUUCUCCCUCGCCGACACCCCCAGCCGUCUGCCCAGGUUUCCGCCAGAUCGCCCUGAACAAGGUGGCCGUGCUGCUGCUGGCCGGGGGGCAGGGCACUCGCCUGGGCGUGACCUACCCCAAAGGCAUGUACCAGGUGGGGCUGCCCAGCCAGAAGACCCUGUAUCAGCUGCAGGCGGAACGGAUUCAGCGGGUGGAGCAGCUUGCUGGCCAGCGCCAUGGGACCCGCUGCACCAUCCCCUGGUACAUCAUGACGAGUGAGUUCACGCUGGCGCCCACGGCCAGGUUCUUCAAGGAGCAUGACUUCUUCCACCUGGACCCCAACAACGUGAUCAUGUUUGAGCAGCGCAUGCUACCUGCUGUGACCUUUGAUGGCAGGGCCAUCCUGGAGCAGAAAGACAAGGUUGCCAUGGCCCCAGAUGGCAAUGGGGGACUGUACUGUGCACUGUCAGACCACCAGAUUCUAGAGGACAUGGGGCGGCGGGGAGUGGAGUUCGUGCACGUGUACUGUGUGGACAACAUCCUCGUGCGGCUGGCUGACCCUGUCUUCGUCGGUUUUUGCGUGCUUCGAGGUGCAGACUGUGGGGCCAAGGUGGUGGAAAAGGCGGACCCCGAGGAGCCCGUGGGUGUGGUGUGCCAGGUGGACGGGGUCCCCCAGGUGGUGGAGUACAGUGAGAUUAGCCCCGAGACUGCGCAGCUUCGUAGGCCCGAUGGGAGCCUGCUCUACAGCCUGGGCAACAUCUGCAACCACUUCUUCACCCGAGACUUCCUCCAGAUGGUCAGCAGCAAGUUUGAGCCCUUGCUGAAGCCACAUGUGGCUGUGAAGAAGGUCCCAUACGUGGAUGAGGAGGGAAAUCCGGUAAAGCCGAUAAAACCAAACGGGAUAAAGAUGGAGAAGUUUGUGUUUGAUGUGUUCCAGUUUGCUAAGAGCUUCGUGGCCUUUGAGGUGUCCCGGGAGGAGGAGUUCUCUCCGUUGAAGAAUGCUGCCUCGGCUGCCAGGGACAACCCCGCCACGACUCGGUGUGCCCUGCUCAUGCAGCAUUACCGCUGGGCCCUGCAGGCAGGGGCCCACUUCCUGGAUGCCUAUGGGGCCCGGCUCCCUGAACUGCCCAGGGUCUGGAGGAAUACCUGCAAGGCCGGGAGUUCCGGUCCCCACUCAUCCUGGAUGAGAACCAGGCCAGGGCUCUGCAGCUCUGACUCAAUCCCAGAACUGCCAACCCUGGGGCCUGAGGGGCACGGACACGGGUACCUCCACCGGGGUGGGGCCCCUCCCAUCACCGGCACCGAGGACAGAAAUGACCCCAGGCUCCUGGGGACCAACGAGGGCUCCUUGUCUGCGCUCCAGGCUGUGGGGUCUGGGCGGGAGGCAGAGGUGUGGCGUCCUCGGUCAGAACAGAGGCCCCCCCGGAGGACCGAUGGCACAUCUAGCCCUACACGCACAUCCGCUUGCUGAGGAGUGCCAGCCACUCGAGCU